AUUUCACGAACGCCAAAGGGCAGCCAUGACAGAUACGAGUGGAAGAUGUUCAUUGGGUUAGCUGGCUGUCGGUGACUCGUGUUAGUGUAAAGGGGGAUCCUGAUCGUUACGUUUCCAUUUUCCGAGUAAAUCAAAAAAUAAUGGGUGAUUCCAAGGGAGGAGAUGAUUUGGCAACUGCGAUUUUGCGCAAGAAGGAUAGGCCAAACAGGCUGUUGGUAGCUGAGGCAAUCAAUGACGAUAAUUCGGUCGUUGGACUUUCUCAAGAAAAAAUGGACGAGCUGCAGCUGUUCCGUGGAGAUACGGUACUUCUGAAAGGAAAGAGACGCAAAGAAACGGUUUGCAUCGUACUGUCAGAUGAUACUUGUCCGGAUGAAAAAAUCCACAUGAAUCGUGUUGUCAGAAAUAAUCUCCGAGUCAGACUCAGCGACGUUGUCUCUGUUCAACCAUGUCCUGAUGUCAAAUAUGGCAAACGUAUCCAUGUCCUGCCAAUGGACGAUACCGUCGAAGGGCUUACAGGUAACCUAUUUGAGGUUUAUCUGAAACCAUAUUUUCUCGAGGCAUAUCGACCAAUUCACAAAGACGACAACUUCAUCGUGCGCGGAGGGAUGCGAGCUGUGGAAUUCAAAGUUGUUGAGACUGAUCCAGGCCCAUAUUGUAUAGUUGCUCCUGAUACUGUCAUACAUUGCGAGGGAGAUCCCAUUAAAAGAGAGGAAGAAGAAGAGGCACUCAAUGCAGUUGGUUACGACGACAUUGGUGGCGUUCGCAAGCAGUUGGCUCAGAUUAAAGAGAUGGUGGAAUUACCACUACGGCACCCAUCGCUUUUCAAGGCAAUUGGAGUAAAGCCACCACGUGGGAUUUUACUGUAUGGCCCGCCAGGAACAGGAAAAACACUUAUCGCUCGUGCGGUAGCCAAUGAGACGGGGGCAUUUUUCUUCCUCAUCAAUGGGCCUGAAAUUAUGAGCAAACUAGCUGGAGAAUCGGAGAGUAAUUUGCGCAAGGCUUUUGAAGAGGCUGAAAAGAAUUCACCUGCCAUCAUUUUCAUCGAUGAGUUGGACGCAAUUGCCCCCAAACGCGAAAAGACCCACGGAGAAGUCGAGAGACGUAUCGUAUCACAAUUGCUUACGCUCAUGGAUGGUAUGAAACAAAGCUCUCAUGUUAUUGUAAUGGCUGCUACAAAUCGACCAAAUAGUAUUGAUGGAGCUCUGCGUCGUUUUGGACGGUUCGACCGAGAAAUCGAUAUUGGUAUCCCUGACGCUACUGGACGUUUGGAAAUUUUGCGUAUUCACACUAAGAAUAUGAAAUUGGCUGAUGAUGUAGAAUUGGAAGAAAUCGCGGCAGAGAGUCAUGGCCACGUUGGUGCAGAUCUUGCCUCACUGUGCUCUGAGGCUGCUCUACAGCAAAUUCGUGAAAAGAUGGAUCUCAUCGAUUUAGAAGAUGACCAGAUCGAUGCUGAGGUUCUUUCAUCUCUAGCAGUGACGAUGGAAAAUUUCAAGUAUGCCAUGAGCAAAAGCAGUCCGAGUGCACUGCGUGAAACUAUUGUUGAGGUGCCAACGGUUACAUGGGAAGAUAUUGGGGGUCUACAAAAUGUCAAAAUGGAACUCCAAGAAUUGGUUCAGUAUCCCGUGGAACAUCCAGACAAAUUCUUGAAGUUUGGUAUGCAGCCGUCCAGAGGAGUUUUGUUCUACGGACCACCUGGUUGUGGUAAAACACUCUUGGCAAAGGCAAUUGCUAACGAGUGUCAGGCAAACUUUAUCUCUGUCAAGGGACCCGAGCUGUUGACAAUGUGGUUCGGCGAAUCCGAGGCUAAUGUCAGAGAUGUUUUUGACAAGGCAAGAUCAGCAGCACCCUGUGUAUUGUUCUUUGAUGAGUUGGAUUCGAUUGCCAAAUCUCGUGGUGGAACAGUUGGUGAUGCUGGAGGUGCGGCUGAUCGAGUGAUCAAUCAGAUAUUGACAGAAAUGGAUGGCAUGGGUGCCAAGAAAAACGUAUUCAUCAUCGGAGCAACAAAUAGGCCCGAUAUCAUCGAUCCAGCAAUUUUGCGACCUGGUCGUCUCGAUCAACUAAUUUAUAUUCCUUUACCUGACGAAAAGUCACGAGAGGCAAUUUUCAAGGCUAACUUACGCAAAUCUCCAGUUGCCAAGGACGUGGACCUAACUUACAUCGCAAAGGUGACGCAUGGUUUCUCUGGUGCUGAUUUAACUGAAGUUUGUCAGCGAGCUUGCAAAUUAGCAAUUAGGCAAUGCAUCGAGUCUGAAAUUCGUCGGGAAAGAGAACGUGCUGCAAACCCCAACGUUUCAAUGGAUAAGUUAUAUGAUUUUUUCAAUAUCGAGUCUAUUCAGAUGGACGACGAUGACCCAGUGCCUGAAAUUACUAGGGCUCAUUUCGAGGAAGCCAUGAGGUUUGCGCGUCGUUCUGUUUCCGACAACGACAUUCGUAAGUACGAAAUGUUCGCACAGACCCUCCAACAAUCUCGAGGAUUUGGAACAAACUUCAGAUUCCCUCAGAGCGGUGCUGGAGGUACUCAGGACACGACGCAGGGUGACCAAACGUUCCAAGACGACGGUGAUGAUGAUCUAUAUAGCUAAGUGUCCAUAUAAAAUUGUCUCACCUUGGUGGGUACAUGUAUGAAGGGUCUAUUUGAUCGGUGCAUAUUUUAUCCGACGAUCAUUUUCAUAGUUGGUGAUCAAAAAAAAAUAAAAAUAAAAAUAAAGAAAAUAUCUGGACAAAUUAGAUUUGAUUGCUAUAAAAUUUUAUAUGAUGUAUAUUAGUAGGUUAAGACAUAUUGUAAUUGAAAUAUACAUUAUCAAACAUUUUAUGUAUCAACAGGUAAAAAAGAAAAACCAGAAAUUUGAUUGAAAAAUAAAUUGAAUAAAUUUCUUAACGGAAAAUCUUGUAGCAAUGACAAAAAUUUGUUUUAAUUUUAAGAAAAAUCGGAUGACAUAUGCACAAACAAGAUUCCAUUCAUCUUUGCGACAAAUAACUUAUCAAACUACACCCACCUUUCGCUCAAAAACAAAAACGUGAUCUUCGAUACAAUUUUGAUUAAGAAUUGAACACUGCCACCUCGAAUUCGAAACGUAAAAUGAUAAAUAGACCCUUUUCCAUGUACGAUCAGUCUAUCUUUUGUUAUAAGAUGCAUUGUUCCAAAAUGGAAGACUGGAUUUAUUCGUAACCGGAGUGGAUUGUGUCCGGAUGUAGUCGAACUGUACAAGAGUUGAGGCAUAGUAGAAUCACCGAAUCUUUUGAAGGAUUUCAUUCGUUGAUUAAAACAUGUUCAAAACAUACAAGAUCUUCACACUGUCCACCGUUUUGUUCAGGAACUUCUCUCGAUGAUAUCAAUAUUUGACAUACUUUUGAAGCACUUCAAAUCCUGGCAUUGAAUAACCAUGCGAUUUUCCAAGCGUAAAAUCUUUAAAUAUGCUGGUAUCUCAAGUAGGGUUUGACCAAUAAAUUGUGUAAGACAGAAAAUUCUUAGAAAAUUGCAGCAUAUGGCAGGUUGGGGCCCAACCUAGGGAUCAUCAUACAUGCUCCAUCUUAUAAUGCAUAACAUGAUAAUAUAAUUAAAACUUUUACUAUUAUAAUUAACAUUAUUCAUUGAAAAAAAAACCAUAUUCAGGAUCCUUGUCAUUCUCUCUUCAUCGACCUUGUUUCUUUUUUUUUGCAACUAAUUCCACAUAAGUCAUAAAAGAUUAUGAGUGAUCGGCGAAUUUCUUUUACACUCCGUUUGCUGUAUAAGAGAAAAAAAAAAACCGAAACAAAAAUUGAGUGAAGUUGCUUCCGAUUGUUGAAAUGAAAUAAAUAUUUGGUGACCGCCCUUUGCGCGGUCAUUUGUGUUAAUGUAUGGUCUUGCAAAAUAAUAAAAAGAAAAAACAGACAAAACAAA